AUGGCGGAAACUGCUGUAAAUGAUCGGCCUGCUGCUGCUGCUGCUUCCGCGCCUGGUGCGACCGGGGCAGGAGCAGCGCAGGCAGCACCUCAGGAUGACCAAUCGCAAGGCGGCUCCUUAAAGCCGUGCUUUCUCUCGAAGCUUCAGCAGAGCACGCCGAACUCACCGUCUCUCUCCUCCCCCACAACGCUCCCUGCCCUCGAGUCGCAUGCCCCUCCCUUCUCACCAACCCCAUCCUCCUCCUCCCCGCAAGUCCUCUCGUCGUCCCUCUCUUCCUCCGGCUCUUCCCCCCUCACGACCUCCUCCCGCGACUCUUUCUCCGCCACCCCCGGCAACUCCGCGCAGCUCGCCUCGUUCCGCGGCCGCUCCCCCUCCCCCACGCCCCCGGACCCCUCGCGCAUCUGCCUCAACCCCAACGCUGCGGCGUUCGUUCCGUGCUUUUCCGGCGCAGGCGGAAAUGGCGGGAGCGACGGAAACGGCGGAACCGGCGCGGGCCCUGAAGGGGGUAGCGGAAGCGGGGAAGACGGCGGCGGCGGAGAAGCGGGAGUGGAUGGUGUCUCCGCGGGAGGGAACAUGUAUGCGCAGGGGAAGGCGCACGGGGAGGGUUCCGCCGGUUCCGCCAGUCGUGGAUUGACUGUAGAAGAAGCCAACUACGAAGGUUCCUCAUUAGAUAGAAUUCCAUCUAACACCUCGGUUUCAUCUGACGACGAGUAUCGUCGUUACGUUAGGGAUCAGCUUCCAGACGAGCUUAUUAGCUUCGACGAGCAGGACACUCCGAACCUCAACGGCAGCCUUCUCCCGCCGGACCUAGACGGGCUAGGCUCGGCAGAAUCCGAACAUGGAGGCGGCAGGUCCGGGCCUGGGGGUGGACCUCGACCCGGCGCCGAGCGCGGGGCGCCGGGGGAGUUUAUGGUUCAUAGUAAAGUGGGCUUGCGGGGAAGCGGGGAGGGGCGAGGCUGGAAUCUGGACGCGCGGAGUUACUUGGCGGAGCUUCCCCCCGACCAUCCCUUGCACCACACCUCCCCGCAUCAGCACCAUCUCCCCCCGCACCUGCGCCAAGGCCCCGGUAGCGCUUCCGCCAGCCCCAUGUCCCACGCACGGCAUUCCCUUGGCGGGCCUCCCGCUUUCCCCGAGCACGAGUUUGGGGCCGGCUCCCCCGCGUCGUUUCUGCGGAACCCUCCGCCGUCCAGCCCCGCCGCGGCUGCGCUUCUUGCGCGACUGGACCUUGGUGGGGGCGGGGGUGGCGGAGCAGGCGGAGGACCGCUUCCACCCACUGCGCAACAGCUUGCGGAGCUGCUAGUCGGUCCUCCGCCUGGCCUUGGGGGCCUUCCCGCUGGCGCAGGGUACCCUUUUGAUAACUACCCUCCCCCGCAUUUUGAGCACUUUGGGGGAGGCAACCACCCGCGCCCGCCCAACUCCCUCCCCGCUUUUCCCGCCCCCGCUGGUGCGCACCGCUUCAGUCCCGCUCUCCGCGGCAGCCCGCUCCAUUUCUCCCCCGCCCGCCACGGCCCGCCGCCUCCGCCGCAUCACAUGCUUCCGCCGUCACAGCUGCUGGGCGGAAGAGGCGGAGCAGGGGAAGGAGGGCGGGGGCUUCCGCCGGGGAUUACGGAGUCGUCAAGGCGCGGGCAAUUUGGACCGCCGUUAGAUGGACCAGGGAGAAUGGACGGCAGGAUGGACGGCAGGAUGGAUAGCCGGAUGGACGGCAGGAUGGAAGGGAGGGUGGACGGUCGGAUGGAUGGCCGGAUGGACGGCCGGAUGGACGGCAGGAUGGACAACAGGAUGGACGGCCGGAUGGACGGCAGGAUGGACAACAGGAUGGACGGCCGGAUGGACGGCAGGAUGGACAACAGGAUGGACGGCAGGAUGGACGGCAGGAUGGACGGCAGGGGAGAUGGUCCAACCAUGGGCCCCCCUGGUAGCCCUAUGCCCGGGCCCGGGGGACCUCCUCCCCCUAACGCGCUUUACCAAGGCCCCGCGGGAAGAGGCGGGCGCGGAGGCGGACCAUUAGGCCCCGGAGGGAUGGGCGGUCUUGGCGGGCCUGGCGGAAGAUUUGCGCCUGGUCCGCCGUUCAGCCCGGAAGUAGGCCCGCGCCUGGGCUCCCCGCCGCCCCCCCACAUGAACCCCACCAGGGGCGCGGGGGGCGGAGGCGGAGCUGGGAAUAUGGGUCCCCCAGGUCCCCCUAACAGCUUUUCCCCUUCUAGAUCCCCGCACCCGCGAUACUCCAGGCCGGGUCCGAGGCGGGGAGCGGGAGAAGAGCCGCCGUCGCCACUUAAUCAAGGUAUAGGCAGUCUAGACCACCGUAGUACGAUGGGCGUGGGCAGGGGGGGAGGGCAUUUGCGCCACCCGCAGCAAAACCGGCGGAACAGCUUCGAUCAGCGCAGCCCCAUGCACCCGCUGCGGGACCCGCACCAGCAGGGGAGGAGAGCGGGGCCGGGGGGAAGAGGGGGAGGCGGCGGGGGAGGAGGAGGGGGACCAGGCGGAGGAGGAGGCGGAGGGGGAGGAAACGGGGAGGGCGGCGGCGGAGGCAUGCCCCCGGGAGCGGGAGACAACGGCGGGCACUUUCCGCCGCCGUUUGAGCUUCCCCCGGGGCCGGCGGCGCGGAUGCUGGAUAGAAGGUUCCGCGGACCUUCCGCGGGGUGGAACCCUGGUCCUCUUGACGAGCUAGAGGAGGGUCCCCCUGGCGCGGGGGGCCCAGGCGCGGAGUACAACGCGUAUGGGGGGUUUCCGCUUCAUGAUCCCCCUCCCCCGCCGCCUCCCCAUGGCCUCCCCCCGCACGAGCUGGGGGGGUUCUACUUAGACGAGGGGAUGCCCCCGCCCCCGCCCCCCCAUCAUCUCCCCCCGCACCAUGCGCGCGCGCAUCCCCCAGGGCCUCCGCACGGGCACGCGCCUUCCCCCGGGGGGCACCUGCGCGGAGGGGGUCCGCCGCCGCACCACGGGAUGGACGAUCCAAUUCUGGUGCUGGCGGCGGAAUUUCCGGAUUUCUCGAUGCAGAGCUUGGCGGACGCGUUUUUCGCGCAUGGGGCGGACCUAGGCGCGACCAUUGAGGCGCUGUGGCAGCUGCAGCAAUACCAAGAGGACGGGGACCCCUCACUACACUCCGGCCCUCCGCGCUCGUCCCAACGCUCCCCCCCUCUCGGCUCCCUUUCGAACUUCGCCUCGCCUCCCCCUCCCCAUCACUACUCCUCUGCUGCUGCUGCCGCCGCCGCCGCCGCUGGUAGGGCGGUUGCUGCUGCUCAUUCCGCCUCCUCCUCCCACCCUCACCGUUUCAGCGCCCACAUAGGGAAUUCCCCUGGGGGUCCUGGGGGAAUAGGUGAUUCUGCUGCUUCGGAUGGAGGUCCGGACGGUGGUCUGGACCCGAGCCUCCUCUCCCGCUCCAUGCCGAACCUGAAACCGUUUGUCUCGGCCGGGCCUGGAGCUCCGGGGCUGGAUGAAAUGCAGUGGUGGGUUCGGCAGCAGCAGGGGGAGCAGGGGGGGGAGAAGCAGGGGUUUCAAGGCAACAGCGACGCAUAUGCGAGCUUGUAUGGUGCUGGUGGUGCUGGUGGUGUGGGUUCAGUGUGGGAUAUGAGUCCGUGCAAGCCAGGGGGUUUUGAGGGAAGGCGAGGGGAAUUUGAGGAGAAGCAGCAGCAGCAGCAGAAUUUGCUUCGUGGGGAGGAGAUGUUUCAGUUUGAAAGGACGGGUCUAGACAUGGUGGGUUCGAAAGAGGGUCAACAUCCCCUCUCCCAUACUCUCCCUGCCCGCACAGCCUCCCAGCCCUGCAACAAGUGGGCUCCUGAUGCCAACACCAACCCCGAUCCACCGUCAAGCUUCAACCCCAGGAGGAGCAUUGACGUUGACGCGCUCGCAUAUGGCAUCAGCUCCUCUCCUGUCCUUCGCUCCCAAGGGGGCCGUCUUUCUGCCUCUCCUGCUCCUGCUCCUGCUCCUGCUCCUGCUCCUGCUCCUGCUCCUCCCGGUGCUCCUCCUCCUGCUCCUGCUUCCCCCGCUCCUCCGUCUGCCCCUCCCCCUCAGCCCGGCAUGCAAAACGACCCGGCGCGGGUGUUGGAGCUGAGGGGCAUGCACGUGUCCAACGCCGUGUGCCUGCUGCAGCAGGAGGUGGCUGCCCUGCGGUUUGCUGCUCAACGUACGAAGUCAAGGCAGCAGGUAAGAGUGCACUGUACAUGUGUUGCCAGCUGCAGCAGGUAUAGGGUCACUCACGUGUUGGAGCUGAGGGGCAUGCCCGUGUCCAACGCCGUGUGCCUGCUGCAGCAGGAGGUGGCCGCUCUGCGGUUUGCCGCUCUGCGGUGUGCCGCUCAGCGCACCAAGUCCUGCCAGCAGCUCUACGUGCGAGUGGGAUCGGGUCUCUACACCAGUGAUCGCGCCCUGCAGCACAUGCCAGCCAGCAGUGGUGGAGCAGAGCGGUGGAAUACCAUUUCCAUACCUUCCUGUCUUCCCCCCUUGUGCUGCCUCCCGCGUCCCUGUCAGCUCUACGUGCGUGUGGGGUCGGGCCUUUACACCAGUGACCGUGCGCUGCAGCACAUGCCAGCAGUGGUGGAGCAGUAUUUGGUGGACCAGGAGGGGCUUCACGUGCUGGAGCCGCAGCCAGGGCUACUCAGAGUGUUCAUCCCAUCUGUGCCGUAG